AUGGCUGCCGUCGCUGCGUCCAACCCAAUCAUACCCCAGAUCAACCAACCCGGUCACUUCAGAGCUGAGGAAUUGAACGGAUCUGGGGGCGGAAAUGGAGGGUCAGGAGGCCACAGCAGUGGCCGCGAGAACGGGCAUGCCUUGAGCUCGCCCAAGCUCCAGCUCAGCGACUUCAAGAGGAUAAGAACCUUGGGAACAGGCACCUUUGCCCGGGUCUGCCUCGUGCGGCCCGCGAGCCAAAACGACGCCGACCGCAACAAGGUCUUUGCGCUCAAGAUCCUGCGCAAGACCGAGGUCAUCAAGCUGAAGCAGAUCGACCACGUCCGCCACGAGCGCCAGAUCCUCGGCGACGUCUCGGGCCACCCCUUCAUCACCAACCUGCUCGCCUCCUUCUCCGACCACGACUUCCUCUACCUGCUGCUCGACUACGUCCCCGGCGGCGAGCUCUUCAGCUACCUGCGCAAGCUGCGCCGCUUCGACGAGGACAUGGCCCGCUUCUACGCCGCCGAGAUCGUCCUCGUCCUCGAGUACCUGCACGAGCACCAGGGCGGCGUCGCCUACCGCGACCUCAAGCCCGAGAACCUGCUGCUCGACGAGGACGGCCACAUCAAGCUCGUCGACUUUGGCUUCGCCAAGCGCCUCGGCAAGAAGGACGACGACAACGGCCGCGCCGUCGAGACCUACACCCUCUGCGGCACCCCCGAGUACCUCGCCCCCGAGGUCAUCCAGAACAAGGGCCACACCACCGCCGUCGACUGGUGGGCGCUCGGCAUAUUGAUAUACGAGUUCCUGACCGGCUACCCGCCCUUCUGGCACCAGAACCCCAUCGAGAUCUACAAGCAAAUAGUAGAAAAGCCCGUCGUCUUCCCCCAGGAGCCGCCCAUAUCCCCCGAGGCCCAGGACCUCAUCCGCUCCUUCUGCACCGUCGACCGCUCCCGCCGCCUCGGCAACAUCAGCGGCGGCGCCGCCCGCGUCAAGGAGCACCCCUUCUUCCGCGGCGUCGACUGGGAGGCCACCUACCGCCGCGCCGAGCGGGGCCCCAUCGUCCCGCCCGUCCGCUACCCGGGCGACGCCCAGUGCUUCGACAUAUACCCGGAGGAGGACGUCAGCAGGGACAAGUACACGGACCAGAUGGCCGAGAAGUACGACGACUUCUUCAAGGACUUUUGA